CGGAAACAGUCUUUAACCGGCGAAAGAAACCAUCCCCGUCUGUUAGGUUAGGUAGGUGUCUGAAAAAUAAUCUCAUCGGAGUUUUUGAUCGGAAAAAUUGGGAAUCGGAGAAUCUCACUGGGAACUGUGGAGAUGAAGCGUGCUUCGGUGUGGAUGAUGUUGAUUUGCGUAUCGUUGGUUCUUCUUUCUGGAUUUGGCCAGUUUGUGAUCUGUAGUGAAGAAAUAGGAACAUCCAACAACAACAACAUCGUAAGGAUGAAGCUUGGUGGAUUUAGCGAUUCCACGAAUGAUCGGAACGGUGGGGAAGAGAUCGAUGAUAUUGCACUCUUUGCUGUUCAAGAACACAACAAACGAGAGAAUGGUGUUGUUGAGCUUGCUAGAGUGUUAAAGGCAACAGAGCAGGUGGUUGCUGGUAAGCUCUACCGUCUUACUCUUGAAGUUAUGGAAGCUGGGGAGAAGAAGAUUUAUGAAGCUAAAGUUUGGGUGAAGCCAUGGAUGAACUUUAAGCAGCUUCAGGAGUUCAAGAAUGUUGUUCCCUCCUUUACUAUUUCCGACCUUGGCUUGAUACCAGAUGGUAAUAGAUUUGACUGGAGAUCGGUAUCAACAAAUAACCCUGAAGUCCAGGAGGCAGCAAAGCAUGCCAUGAAAUCGAUUCAACAGAAAUCAAACUCGCUGUACCCCUAUAAACUCAUAGAUAUAAUCCUAGCCAGGGCGAAGGUGGUUGAAGACCGUGUGAAAUUCGAACUGCUUCUGAAGCUAGAGAGAGGCAACAAACUGGAGAAUUUGAUGGUUGAAGUGCUGAAGUAUGAAGACGGCAAGUAUCAGUAGAAGUUGUGGGUAGCUUUGGGGUUGUCUGUGACAUGUGUGAAUACUUGUGUAUAGAAUAUACUAAAAACUGAUGUGUGUAUAUNAAAAAAAAAAAAAAAAAAAAACUGAUGUGUAUAAUGAAAAUAAACAUGGUGCUUGUUUGUUUGUCUAUAAACAGGGUUUCUUGUAAACGAUUACAUGACUUCAUAUGUAAAAGUUAUUAUGCGCUUGAAAAAAAAAGUUAACCGACCACA